AUGAAGCUUACUGCCGUUAUUUUCUUCGUCAUCGUCGGCCUCUGCUCCUCUACGCCGGUUCGAAUGGAUAUCUACGACAUCUUCAAAAACGAGCCACUAAUGUACGCGACUUCCAGCUCGAUGUGGGAGAUGCCGACUUCCGGAGAUCUGUUGAUCGACAUGAUCAUUGCUAUUGCCGCUUUUGUUCUCUUCGCAUUGAUUGUCGCUGUCUUCGUGUUCCCCCGUCGUGGAAAGCGAAUCGAAUUCUAA